UCAUUUCUCCUGAUAUGGAAGAUGUGCUCAACAACAGGUUGAUCUCUUACCAUGACAUUGUCCGAGCCACGGAUAAUUUUAGUGAGACUAACUUCUUGGGGGCUGGAAGCUUUGGAAAAGUUUUCAAGGGCCAACUGAACGACGGUACUAUGGUGGCAAUAAAAGUUCUCAACAUGGAGCUGGAACAAGCUGUGAGAAGCUUCGAUUCGGAGUGUCAUGCCCUGCGCAUGGCCCGGCAUCGCAACUUGAUUAGGAUACUCACCACAUGUUCUAGCCUGGAUUUCAGAGCUUUGGUUCUUCCCUACAUGCCCAACGGAAGCUUAGAAACACAGCUACACUCUGAAGGUGGAGAGCAACUGGGAUUCCUUCAGAGACUGGACAUUCUGUUGGAUGUGUCUAUGGCAAUGGAGUAUCUUCACUAUCAUCACUGUGAGGUAGUCCUACACUGCGACUUGAAGCCUAGCAAUGUCCUAUUCGACCAAGACAUGGUUGCAUUGGUGGCCGAUUUCGGGAUUGCAAAACUGUUAUGUGGUGACGACAACUCUGUUAUUUCUGCAAGUAUGCCUGGAACAGUUGGUUAUAUGGCACCAGAGUAUGGGUCAGUUGGGAAAGCAUCACGGAAAAGCGAUGCAUUCAGCUACGGUAUUAUGCUUCUGGAGUUAUUCACUGGAAAGAGGCCAACUGAUCCCAUGUUUGUUGGAGAACUAUCUCUAAGGCAGUGGGUUACUAGUGCAUUUCCAUCAAAUGUCAUGGAUGUGGUGGAUAACCAGUUACUGGUGCAAGAUUCUUCUAGUUCAUUGAAUAACUUUAUAGUCCCAGUUUUUGAGUUGGGAUUACUAUGCUCACAUGAAUUACCAGACCAAAGAAUGACAAUGAGCGAAGUGGUUGUGAGACUGGCGAAGAUAAAAAAGGAUUACAUGGCUUCUGUCUAA